AUGUCGUUGCACGGUGACGUCCACCAGAUCAAGUUGAAGAAGGACUACAUUCCUGGAUGGGGCGACUCGGCCGACUUGGUUAUUGUGGGAGGCCGGCGCGAUGCCACGCAAGCGUUAAUGAUGGGGGACAGUGAUCUAUCUUGGACGACUUUCUAUCUGGCAUGCCCAACCAAUAAAGACGUCGGCCUCUCGUCUAAGACUAAGCCAAGAUUCCGGGUGUCUACCCCGGGUAUCAACGUUGAGAUCAGUUUGGAGUCUUUCCACCCGCCGACAGAAUUGUUCACUAAACCGGCGGUUGUUGAAGUUGUGGGAGCUGGAUUCGACCGCCCGCCCAACGUACGAUUUUUCACCUUACGGUUCCCGCGGAUCCAGAAAGUCCAUCGCGAUCGCACCUACAUCGACUCCUUGGACUUCGAUGAGUAUCAACGCCUAGCCAAGUAA